AGCGGCAGUAGCGCGCGGGAAGAUGGCGCGGUUGGCUGUGUGGCUGGCGGUGCUGGCGCGGGCCGCGGGCUUCAACCUGGACACGAGCCACGCGCUGCUGUGGACCGGCCAAGCGGGCAGCCACUUCGGCUACACCGUGGCGCUCAGGGACCUGGGCGGCGACCACAGGUUGGUGGUUGGAGCUCCCAGAGGCAACUCUUCGUACAUCACUCACAGAAGACUGACAGAGCCCGGGACUGUGUUCCACUGCCGCUUACGUGACGUCACGUGUGAGCAGUUGGCUCUGGACUUAUCAGGCAAUGUUAACCAUACCUUGCCCAACACUUAUUUCAAGUACCAGGACAAGAAAGAUAAUGCGUGGAUUGGUGGCUCCAUCAGUGUUCAGCAGACACCAAACAGUCCGAUGGUGGUGUGUGCGCCACGCUGGAAGAACAGUAUCGAAGCAGGAUACUACAUGAUGAACGGCAUUUGCUACUUGUCGAAGGCACACUCCGAACCAGAUGCCGAGGCUCGGAUAAUAUACCCCCUGAGCGACCCCUAUCUGCGUGCCUAUCCACCAAAACCAGUCACAAACACGAUUCAGCGGUUCUACUAUGCUUACGGAGAAGCUGGAUUAUCAACGCACUUCACUAAGGAUGGCGAGGACUUAUUGAUUGGAGCCCCUGGAGUGUUUGAUUGGGCAGGAACUAUUGUAGUGUAUCGCAAUAUAAAGAAUGGUCUGAAAGACGUCCGGAUUCCAAAUCCAUUCUACACGCCAUCUUAUCAGAAUCCUCACGACUACUUUGGCUACGCGGUGAGCUCCGGGGUGUUCUUCAGAAGGCCCAGAGAAGUGUCGGGCACUCUGUACGUGAGUGGCGCGCCCAGAGCAGGAGAUCUCCGCGGAAAGGUGCUGGUGUUCGGGCUGCCCUGGCGCGAGGACCGGCCGCUGGAAGUGCGCGCCGAGAAGCUGGGCGAGCAGCUGGGCGAGUACUUCGGCGCGGCGCUGUGCGUGCUGGACCUGGACAGCGACGGCCUGGACGACCUGCUGGUGGGCGCGCCGCGCCACUCGCUGGCGGGCGACGAGGGCCGCGCCUACGUCUUCCUCAGCCGCGACCAGGGCAGAUUGGAGGAGGUGACGGGCAAUGAGAAAAUUGUUGGAGAUAGUGAAUAUGGAGCUAAUUUUGGAACGAGCAUUGCUUCAAUUGGAGAUAUCAACGUAGAUGGCUAUCCAGAUGUUGCCAUUGGAGCUCCCUACGGUGGUCCAGAUGGGAGUGGAUCUGUCUUCAUCUACCAUGGUCACAGAGAUGGUUUGAAAAACAAAUACAGUCAGCGCAUAGUAGGCUCCGACAUAAACAAAGCUAUCCGUGGCUUUGGUAACAGCAUCUCAAAUGGGAUGGACAUAGAUGGCAAUAGUUACAGUGACGUGGCGGUGGGUGCGCACGAGUCCGACACGGCGGUGGUGCUGAGAGCGAGGCCCAUCGUGGCGGUGCGCGCGCAGCUGAGCACGGACGUGAGCACCAUCAGCAUCAACGCGACCAGCUUCCAGGUGCAGUGCUGCCUCGGCUACUCCGGGCAGCAGGUACCGCCCAGCUUAGACCUGCGCUACUUCCUCAAGGUGGAUCCAGUAUUCUCCAGAGUGUAUUUCCCUGGUAAGAAUGGACAGAACUCCAACAUUUACAUGGCAGAUGUCGUCGUACUUGGAAACUCCUCUAACUGCAAGAACUUCUCCGUGAACAUAAAGGCUGGGCAGAAGGAUUUCUCAAAGCCUAUAGAUGUUAAACUGGACUAUUCGCUGCUAGAUGAAGUCUCCAUGCCCACAAGAAUAAGCAGGGGUGCAUAUGAAGACUUCUGCCAGGACUGCCCCGUGGUGAACCCCAGUGACCCGAACUCCGCUCUGCUACGCGUCCCGUUCGCGACGGGCUGUCAGCAGGACGACGCCUGUCGCACGGACCUGAAGCUGCGCGCGAAGCUCGUCAGCGCUGCGGCGCCCCUAGUGCUCGGCAGGCAGUCGACAGUGGCGGUGGUCGUCUCCCUGCUCGGCCGUGAAGACCCGGCCUUCCUCGCGCGCGUGUUGCUGGAGGCUCCGGCGGCCGCCUCGCCGGCCAGGAUGCCCUCCUCCUGCCGCGCGCUCGAGGGCCCGCUGCUGCUGGUGCGCUGCGACGUGGCCGACCCGCUCCGCCCCGGCGCCAGUCCGGUGAACCUGACGGUGGAGCUGGACCUGAAGGAGGUGCCGGGCAACACGACGCAGCUGGUGUUCCACGUGACGGCGACCAGCACCAGCCAGGAGCUGAGGCCCGAGGACAACAGCCAGACGCUCCUGCUGGACGUGCGCACCUGGUCCGACCUCAGGAUGGUGGGGACGCCGAGCCAAGACACAUUAUAUUUCACAGAAGCAAGUGACACAUCCAUUAACACCGAUGAUGAACUAACAUGUGUUCAUUCAUACCAGGUGCGAAACUAUGGUCCAAGCAGUGUUGACUCCUUGGACCUUAUAUUCAGAGUUCCUAUUGCAGUAAUAGUUGGAGAGGAGAAUAUAACUUUUAACAGAAUAUAUCUCCCCAAGGCGUCGCUGAACGGCCAGCCCGUGUUCUGCUCGGCGGGCGACUACCAGUUCCCGGGUGACGGCGCUAACUCCAGCUGGGGGGACCCGGGGCGGACACGGCGUGCGGCGGGUGGCGAGGCCUCCUCGGCCGGGACGCUGUCCCUCAGCUGCGGCGAGCCGCACGUCGCCUGCGUCACCGUCACCUGCGGCGCAGUGGGGCCUUUCCUCUCGGCGCAGGCCAGCGCCAGUGUGCAGCUGCGCAUGCGCGUGCAGCCGCGGCGUCUGCUUUCCAUUUUAGAUCAGCGAAAAGUUGUCGUGCUGCUAACUUCUGGCAGCAUUUCGUAUCAAAGUCAGCCAAAUUCUUUACGACCAAAUGAAAAGAGGGACCUGGAGGCGACCGUGGCGACGGUGCUGCUCGCCGGGACUGGCGGCCAGGGCGUGAACUCGUGGCUGCUGGUGCUCGCCGUCAUGGGCGGGCUGCUGCUGCUGCUGCUGCUCGUGCUGGGGCUCGUCAAGGCGGGAUUCUUCCGACGAAGUAAGAAAGAAGCUCUAGAGCAUUUGAAAACAAAGAUGGAAUAUGACGACGACGAGGGCGGUGAACGAGAGACCCUGUGACCACACGCCACUCUGAAUCUCACUUCUCUUCAACUUCCUGCCCUCAAGAGCGGGAGUGAGAGUGACCCGCAUCAGGGAAGCAGUGAAUGAGUUGGUGCUUCGUAGAGAACUGACUGUGGAGUUUCGCAGGAAAAUGGCUGUGACAAAUUUGCAAUUAUGAUUUGUGAUAUUUCCUAGCAUUGACAUUUACAUCACUUGACUGAAAAUUUACAAUUUUUACUGCUGUUUUUUUAUAUGAUUUUUAUGCUGUAGAUGUGUGUAGCCAUUCUUUAUGUUCAGUGCAAUACAGUAAGAAGUUAACUAUAAGUUUGUUCACAAGUGGUGAAUAAGUCAAAGCAAACUCAGUUGAAUAAUUUAAACUGGUGUUUAGCUUUAAAUAGGGCUACUGAAUUGUACAAUUAUUAAUAUAAAUCAUCGUCGUUUUAUUGCUUUUAACUAACAGUUAAAAUGAUUAAUGUUACAGUAUUUUAAAUUAUGUCCGAAAUUUCCAAAUACCAUAUGUGCUCACAAUUAUUAAUUUCUUUUUAUUUUUGUGAAAGCUUUGUGGAGCAGAACUUAGGUUUUUGAAAAAUCUGAAAACUCUCACAGGAAAAUUUUUGUUUUAUCAUACAAAUUUCUGCCCAAUUUUUGACAUCUUUAAAAGUAAGUUUCCUGUGUUUUUUUUUUAUUUUACUUUACCUUUUAAUAUUAUUGAUUCAUUAAUCCAUGUUUGUAAUGAGUGUUUUUUUUUUCUUGUACAUGCAUGUUUUGAUAAUAUUCGGUGACCAUAAGAUUUAUAAAAUAAAAUCGAUUUAAAAUUUGAAAAUUAAUUUUAAAAUAAAUUUUAUGAAAAUAAAGCUGCUGCAUUGUUUUUUA